AUGUCCAGGAACGUGUUGUUGCAACUCGCGCUGCCGCUGGUGGAAACCCAUGGGUUCACCCGCCAAGUUUUGGCACGCUCCGUCCUAUCUCUCCCGACACACGAGGAGCCACUUUCAGAGACUGCCGUGUCAGCCCUUUUUGGAAAUGGAUCAGAUGCGCGUAGAACGCUCAUAAACGCAUGGUUGGAUGAUGCGCGCAGACAGAUGAAGUCGGCGCCGUCACCAGCGCUGAAAGAUGUUCUCGCCUUCCGGUUGAGGUUCAACGAACCCGUUCUGAGCCACUUGCCCGAGGCAUUUGCGCUACUGGCAUCGCCGUCCACAGCUUUCCCUCCUCUAGAUCCAAUGCCGGCGCUAAAGCAUGCGGCGAAAGUCGCGGACGAGGCGUGUUAUAUCUCAGGCGACACAACGGUCGGGAAUGCCUGGUAUGCCCGGAGAGCGUCCCUUGCCGCCAUCUAUGCAGCAGCAGAACUUCACCAGCUCACUUCUCCACACACAGCGUACACCUUUUUGGACGGCUUACUUGACACGUCCUCCAAGGUUGAAUCGUCUCUCGGCGAGGCCGAUUUAUUCGCAAGCUACAUUGGGCGUAGCUGGGCAGGUAUCAUCAAGAGCAGAGGGAUUUUUUGA